GCCAGCAGUGCUGAUCUGCCCCACAACGGGGGGUGGCCGUGUGUGUGCUGGGGAAGGCAACCCCUUGCGCGGUCGCUCCGCAAGCUCGUGGGCGAAACAGCUCUAGGGGGAUUCAGGGUUCUGCACCAGAGGUGCAUCGCCAGCUCGAAGGGGGCUAGUCUGCCGAACACCUGCAGCCUCCUUUUCACCUGAUUUGACCCGUAUUUGGUCUGCGUUGACCUCGCCUUACGUUGGGUCCACGUUCGAGUCGUCCCAGAAAGUGAGCUCACCAGGGUGUAGGCUUCUUCCACUUUCCCCAAAAGUCCUCACGGAAGACCGGGCAACGAAGCGGAAUCAUGGCAAUCUCGGCCGACAGGACCAUGACGCUGUCGGAGACGAAUCCGAGAUUGAAGGAUCUCAAGGGGCCGGGGCUUCUCUGGGUCGGGUCCAAGAUAAAAAAGCGCGAUCUGCUGAGCUGGCCGACGUUUCUCAGCUGGUACGACACCGAAAUGCUGCCGGCAAUGGUUGGCUUAAAAGGCAUCCGCAGUGCCAUGAGGUCGACAGCCAGAGACCAGAGUGAGGAGUGGCCGACCCUCUGCAUUUUCGUCAUGGACGACCUCAGCUACCUCCACACACCCGAAGUCGACGAGGGCAUGCCCGGGAAGAGCAAAUUCCUGCCAGGCGGUGGUCAGUACAUGGACCUGGCCGAUUUUGACUGCCGGUUCUACAACAUCCUGAGCUCCUAUGAGCCUGCAGGCGAGACGACGAUGGGUAUGUUGCCAGACAGGACGCUACCUCCUUCAAGGGCUGCAAGCGCUGACGUGGGAGAGGGGCCAUUGGCCGCCGCGGAUUCGCAUGCAGAGAAGACCAGGUGCCUGUUGAUAGUGACCUGGGACUUCCGGGCCGAGGUUGCACAAGAGGAGUUUGACGAGUUCUAUUACAAAGCGCACAACCCCAUGAUGACCAAGUUUGGCGGGUUCCUGCGCAGCACGCGAUACAAGCUGGACCACGGGUGGUGGUCAUCGGGAGACGGAGCAGAGCUGCCGUGUCCAGACUGGCUGCAGAUCUGUGAGUUCUCCACGUUGGACAUUGACAAGGAGGCGAUUCUGGAGCAGAACGCGACCCAGUCGGAGAAGUUGCUCGAGAUCAUCUCCAAGACGAUCUUCACCAUCGAGGUUUAUACGGUGGACAAGAUGUUUGGCGACAAGACCAUGUUCCACGGGUGGGGGAGAGGUGAAGGGCGAUGCGUGCGCACCCGAUGAGAUGAGCUCUGCCUGCAGCUUCCGAAGAAGAAGAAGAUUUAGAAGAAGAAGAAGAUAGAACAAAAAGAAACAAAACAAACAAAUGAAAGGCACUCCGAGAUGGUAGCC